UGAUAUACCCAAUAAAAUUAUUUCGUAGCAGUCGGCGAAUAGUAUUUACAACUAAUAUUUUGCUACUGUUUUGACAAUUACAUACAUAAUUCGUAUUCGGGAUUUCUUAUUUGUUGAUGGCAGUAUUCUAAGAGCUGUUACAGCUCAACCAUGAGACGAUGAUGUGGUAACCGUUUUAGUCGACAUAUCAUAGUGGCUACAGUGCAACAAAAUAUGGUCGUGCGUUUCGCCUGAACAGAUAAGUGGAGAUGUGUGAGCAGACUGAAAUAAAUUACUUGGACGGAGAGGUGGUGUGGGUGAAGCUAGGGUCUUGCUGGUGGCCCGGAGCAGUGGUCGGGGCGGACAAGCUCCCCCCAGAUGUGCUGCCAUCGUUCAAGAAGCCUCCCAUAGCAGUCGUCAAGUUCUUUCAGGAAAGCACCUAUGAAUAUGUGAAAAACAUCAAUUCAAUUUACAAAUACAACUGCAGCCGCAAACAUGACUUUAUUAAAAAAGGAUUGUUAAUGUAUAGAUCCAAACAUGCCCACAUGGAAAAGUUCCCCGAAGAUGUGAGCCGAGCUGAAACUGAGACGGGAGGUGACCCGGACAUCUUGACCAGUGAAGAGUUCCAAGAAACCAAGAAGGAGAGCUAUGCGGGCAUUUUCGGCAGCGCAUCUAAGAAAGCAGGGACUCCCGGUAGAGGGAGGGGAAGGCAACCCAGUACCCCUAAGAGCACUUCUACUGCAGCUACUCCGAUAAGAAGGGUAAAUCGGGAAAAGAGUGAUUACAAGGUACAUAUCAUAGUUCAGGGGUCAAAGACUCCCAGCCAAGCUACCGAUGCCUCCUCUACGCCGUCGACGAGCCGCGCGGAGUCGGAAUCCGAAACUGUCGAAGAAAAAACUCCCAAAGCAGAUAAGCCCACUUCUACAUUUACUACACCGACCAGCGCCGCCGCGGGCGUGUAUCCCUGCACUCUAUGCGCGUUCACCACCACGCGCCUCAACGUCUUGAUCUUACACAACAAAACACACAGUGCCUCAUACACACCAUACACACCUUCGCCCAUACGCAAGAAAACUGCCGCCAAACUAUCCCCCAAGGCCACCCCGAACAAAACGCCGAAAGCGCGAAAACCGCGCAAGGAAAAGCCAGAAAAAGAAAAGGAAAAAGAAAAGCCUGUCAAGAAAUCUCAAGCACAAAAACGCGCGACUGACGAGCCCCCGGAACCCGUAGAAGUGAAGAAACCUAAGACUGAUGAGGAAAUUAAGAGUAGCCUUUUAGCGGAUUGGGACGACAUGGACGACGACGACGAUAAAUGCCCGGACCUGGCGUCGUCGCCCUCGGCGGCCGCCGUCUCGCCCGCCGAGCCCACGCCCGCCGAGCUGCCCACGCCGCCGCUCCCAGCCGCCGCCAGCAAGCCGGACGACGCACCUGUCGCCGAGAAACCGGAAUCCUCGAGCGAUUCCAAAUACGAAUUCUGCGAAGAUGAAGACUGGUCCUUAGAGGCGGACGCCGGGCGGAAAAUACCGCGGGUCAAGAAUCCCGCGAAGAGGAAAGAAAGAAAAAGCAUCAGCAUCGACGAGGAUGACGUGGCGAGAGAAGUUGCGGACCUGCUGACUAGAACCACUGUCCCUGAAUUGCCAGCGGUGCCUGAACCUUUGACCGUCGAGCAAAAUUUUCCUGAGCCUUCCAUCGUAAAGUCCCCUGACAAAAAGGCGCAACCGAUACCAGAAUCUAGUAAACCGACUGAGAAAGUCGCUCCGGAACCGCCACCGACGAAAGCAAUUUUUAAGACUAAAACAUUUUUUCGAAGUCGACAUUCUAGGAGCCAGGAUGCAAUAGGGAAGUACGUCGCCGAACAGCUGAACGCCGAAAGAAUGGACGUGGAUUCUGAAUUGAACGGUUCGGAAGUGGCGUCCUCUCCUGAAGCUAGAGAGUCUCCUCCGAUAGAACCAGUUAAAGUAGCUCGCCUGGCGCCCAAAAUACAACUCAAGAAAAUGAAAGCCGAAGCGGCACAGUUAAGAGAAAAAGAAAAAAUAAACAUGGAAUUAGCCGCGGAGGCUAAACUCGCUGCGAAUGGUGCUAAUAGUAAGUCAGAUAUAGUAAGCCACAACUUGGCGCCUCCUGAUGAGAAAGAGAUAGAAUCUAAGUCAUCACAUCAACACAAUCAGGAUUUCUUAUAUCCUACACAAGAAAUAAAACCAAUUACACAAGAAAUAAAACCAAUUACACAAGAAAUAAAACUAAUUACACAAGAAAUAAAACCAAUUACACAAGAAAUAAAACCAAUUACACAAGAAAUAAAACCAAUUAAUAAGGAAACAAACGAUAGCAAUAUACAGGAUUCACUUGCAAAUGAAAUAAAACCAAUUUAUAAGAAUAUACUUGACAAAAGAACCGAAAUGAAAGAAUUUACUAGUAACAUACACGAGCCAUUUGAAAAAGAAAUUACAACAAGUAAUAAAGAUAAAUCUGAUAAAGAAAUACAUGAACCUAUUACUAAAGUAUUAAUUAAUAUUGACACCGAAAAACUUGACGGUAAAUUAGGUAACGACAGUGAGAAACAAAUAGACGAUAAUGGCCAUACAGAAAGGAAUGAUCUAUGCGAAACACCAGAAGUUGCACAAACGCCUUGUGAGCAAUUGGUUGAACCUUUCAUGAAUGAAUCUACAGCAUCCGCUGUAGAUGCCUUAUUAAGCGUUUCUAGAGAGGCUGACAGGGUUACUAAAGUUAUAAGCGACGAUCCCCCUGAAGAUUUGUUCGAAGAUGACAAUAAAGAUAACGGAGUGAGUAAUAAUGUCAAUGGUUUUGACGAAACCAAUAAAGACAAUGUAUUUGUAGAAAAUAAACCAAUUGUUCAAGAAAUGGAGCAAAUACCAGAAGAAACCGUCUCGUCUGAAGUUUCCCUUAAACAGACAAAUGAGCAUGACAAUGAUAUCAACAACAUGCUCACUCAACAUGUUGACUUAAAUGAAACUAAUACCGAAUCCACAUGCAAUGAUAAAAUGAUAGAAGUUCCAGAAAUAUCUGAAGAAACUACUGAAUUAGUUUCAGAAACAGUAGUUGACUCCACACCAUCUGAAUCUGACCUGCAAAUAGCGGAGGCGCUGAUUAAUCUUCCAUCAACAGCUAUACAAAUUAAUGCAUCUAGUCAACAUCAACAAAACAUUAAUUUGUCAACACAUUUUGCCAGUGGUGAAUCUUUUCAGGAAGAGGUAGUUGAAAGUAUAAAUGACACUAAAGAUAAUGAUGAUACAAUGGGGGAAGCGAGAUCUGAGGACAACUCCGUAGUUGACAACUCUGUAGAACACAUAAACGAAUCUGUACUACCAUUAAGUAGCGACAGUCUGAAUUCAAGAUAUGAAACUGAAGAAGAGAAGAGUCAAAAUUUAAAUGCCGCACAAUCUCUAGUUGAAAUGUCAGAAUGUAUCGAACAUAAAAUUAAAGUUUCCGAACCCAAAAUACCUGAAGUAGACAAUGUACAUUCUAUAGACACUUUAAAUACUGUGCAGACCACUGUAAUAGAAACCAUCAAUACCGCUGAGCCAAAACUUACGCCAUCGGUUUCAGACAACAGCAAUGAUCCAAUCAGCCACACACCGAAAUUAGAAACAUCAUCUUCCAAAUUGCUUAAGAUUUUAGAAGAACCUUGUGUACCGAAAAUAAUUAGUAGAACGCCACCAAAACAAAUAGUGGUAACUGGAAAAGAGAAAAUACUUAACUUCGACGUCAACAAAGGUUCCAUUAAGAACAAACCUCAAUCGCCCAAGCAGAAGAUUAUUAUUCGUCGAAAUACGCCUAGCAAAAACAUUAUCAAUAGUAUAAACGAGUUGAGUUCUCCGGAGAACAUAAUUCUCUCUCGCACCGGCAAGACGCCGCCGGACGGCUCGGCCAUGCAGACCUACACCAUCCAGGCCACGCCUGACGCGCCUACCGAUGCCAACACCAUCAUCAUUCAACAGAAGAUACGGAAAAUUACCAAACCUGCCCCUAAAUUACAAAAACUAAAGCAGCAGUUCUCCUUGGUGGCUCCAGUCAAUGAACGGAAGCCGGUCAGCGAACCACCCGCGGCGGAUGACACCUUCUAUGAUAUCAAUUCCAUGCCCAUAGUGCUCUCCGAUGACAUCCUUACCCCAGAGAAUAUUGAGAAAAUGCCUAUCGUUAUGUCUGACGGCAAAAUAAUCACCAACCCUACUAAUCCCCCUAAACUCGUGAAAACGAAACAGAUCGAAAGCGAAAAAGUCAGCAUGAUCAGCCCGAGCAAACCCGAACUCAAAACCUUGCUAAUGAAUCCCGUGCCCGAGGUCAGUAAAGCGACCACACCUAACAUUUUAUCCAAGUCGUCCAAGCUCAGGUCAUCGAAACCGAUGUUAGUCAUAGAUAAAGCGACCGGAAAACAGAAAAUUAUUAUGACUAAAGCCGACCCUACCGUCAAGGAAAUAAAACAGUCUCCCGCCAAGUUAGAGCCGGCGGCCCCGAGCGCGGCCAAGCCGGGCAAGUUCAUCAUCGUGCCCACCGGCGGCUCGCCGCGCCCCAACCGCACGCAGAAGAUCGUCAUCGACCCCGGCACCGGCAAGGCGCACGUGCUCGUCGCCAAGGCCGAGCCCGCGCCGGACAACAAGCCCGUGUCCGCCAAGCUCGUGCCGCAGCCCGCCGACACCGGCCCCGGCAGCACCGUCAUGAUCAUCACCAACGCGCAGGGCACGCAGUCUCGCAUAGUGCUCACCCCGGAGCACGAGAAAAUACUCUUCCCCAACAAACAGCAGCCAAAAGUGUCGCAACUCAAGACCGUGACGCACCGGUUAACGACCAACUCCCCCCAGAAGACGAUCGUCACGUCGGUGGCGGCCACGAAGACCCCGCCCCCGAAAAUAGUCCCAAAAACACAAAAGAGCGCCAUCAUCACGUCCAAAGGGCAACUGAUCGUCGGCGGACGCGUCGCGACCACCGCGCAGAACAUAGCGCCGAUGCCCGAGAUACGGCCCAAGCAGCGGAUCGUCGCCAACGAACCGAAGAAACUCGCGCAGACCAUUCAGAAGAUCUCCUCGGAGCCGCUGAUCUUCUUGCAGCAGAAAUCGGGCGCGGUGAUGCAGCUCACGACGGCGCAGUUCGAGCACCUACAGCGGACCGGCCAGAUCGUGCAGAAGGCCCCCGUCCCCGAGAACAAGAUCGUCGUGCAGAAACAGAUCACGAUCCCGUCCAACGAGGCGAUCCCGCCCACGGUUCACAAGAAGAUGAGACGGCCGGCCACGAUGUCGCCGACGCCCGCGAAGAAGCUCAAGCAGGAGAUAGCGAUAGCGCCCGCUCCCGCUCCCGCCCCCGCCCCCGCGCCCGUGCCCGCGCUCACCCCGCUGUCGCACGCCGCCUACUCAGAGCUCGACAACUUCGAGGAACUGCUCCCGUCCACCGCCAUCGCGCGCGCCCCGUCGCCCGCCACGGCCGCGCCGCCCGACGCGCCGCCCGCGCCGCUCGCCGACGGCCAGCUGCUGGCCGUGCCCGGCGAGCACUUCGGCGGCCCGCCCGGCUCCUUCUACCUGUGCGUCGAGGACAACGGCUCGCUGACGCCCAUCGACAACCGGCCGCUCGUGCUGGAUAACAACCAGCUGGUGCCGAUGACGGAGCCGGCGCCGGUGCCCGAGCGGCGGGACAUCCUCGAGGCGGCGCUGGCCAAUAGCGACGUGUUCCACGACCCGCCGCGCGACGACGCGCCUUUCCGCGACCUGAACGCAAACGUGUCCGUGCACUGCCGCGUGUCGGAGACGAGCACGACCCUGCACCAGCCCAUCAUGACUCCGGUGGAGGUGCCGUCGCACGCGGACGCGGAGCCGGCCGUGUCGGGCUCGCUGGAGGACGGGCUGGCGGUGAUCGGCGUGACGCCGCACACGGUGCCGACGUCGCUGGAGCUGCCGAUCACGGUGACGGACCCGCGCAUCGCGCCUCGCGUGUCGGACCCGCUGGCGAUGCUGAACGUCAGCGAACCCGCACCGCAGCCCAUGUCGAUGCCGCUGCUUCUGGAGGAGGAGCCGGUGGGCAAGUCGCUGCCGAUCCUGACGGACGAGCCGGCGGGGUCGGGCUCGUCGGGCUCGGCGGAGGAGACGCUGUGGUCGCGGCGGCUGCUCACGCCGUGCUCGGACACGUCGGAGGCGUCGGUCGAGAUCCCGCUGCAGCCCGCCAUGCGCCUCUCCGUCGACGAUCUUGCGCAGGCCAGCUAGACGGUGCCGAGUUUUUUAUUCAUUUCGUGUUGAUAAUGUUUAUUUAUAAAUGUAAUUCGUGUUUUACAUGUGCAAUCAAUUAUGUUUGUCGUCUUUCGAUAUAUCCGUAUAGUGUGAUCGGCCGGUCGACGCGGGACGGGCCGCUCGGCUCUCGUUAUAGUUGGGCCGCCAUCGCGCAGGCGAUGUAAAAAGAACGCGAGUGUAAAUAUAUCGUUAGAGUGGUGCGACUUGCGAGUGACUUCAAGGUUCGGUCUAGCCGAACAUUAAACAUACCGGGCGCCGACGGCGUGAAUAUAUAUUUUAGUCUUAAGAAUUUACAUUUGUAAAUUUUAAUGCAUAAAUGAUAUUGUUGGAUCAUAAGAGAGUUACGUGAUCGUAUUUGUAAUAUAUAAAAGUUUAGGUAAUCAUAUUUUUUUAUAUUGUCUAACAAAUAAUGAUUUUGCGAAAGCGAUUCGAGGUGCGAACACGAAUGCCGGGCGGGCGCAGCGCGACCCGCGACUACAUGAGGUAGAGUUAAUGUUAAGUACAAUUUUGUUGAUGUAACAUUUUAAACAUAUUUAAAGCACAUUAUUGGUUUGUUCGAGUGGUCUAUGUCGGAAUCUAGAUCGGACUAAGAAGAUGAAGUCUUAGUGUAACUUCUAUGUAGUUUUAAAUAAAUAAAUUCUAAUCGAA